AUGUUAGACAAUCGAGGACUUUGUAGUGACCUUCUACAUCAUUCUCUGCUAACCCCAACACAUUCCAAAUCCUAUAGAAAAAAAAGCUCCCGGAAGCGGAAAAGAAAAACAAAUGACCAAAUUUUGCUUCUGCAAAGAGAAUUCGAGAACAACCCAGAAUGGAAUAAAGACUCAUUAGCCCGCCUCACAAAACUGACAGGCCUCACUGAAGCUCAAGUGUAUAAAUGGGGCUGGGACCAGAAGAAAAAGAUUGAGUUUUCUUCAUAUUCAAAGCUUCCAUCCACACUUAUUCUUAUUCCUACAAUCCCAUUCUAUUUUUCUCUAUAAAAAACCUAUAUAUUUAAUUUAUAUAAAAAUAGCAUAGUUUAUCUCAGUUAUUCGAGAACGAGUGCACGCAGGUUUUAUAUAAACCUCAAGAAAAUAAUAUAAGCGAGCUGUUUGUUGAUAAUAACAUGAAGUGUAAAGAAGUCAUGCCGCCGCUUGCUGUUGAUAUGGAUUUGCUACUGAUUCAAAAAUCGUAUCGAAGGUCAAUGGAAGCCUUUGGGCUUCAUAGAAACAUCUAG